UUGGUGCUUUAUGGGAUGGGGAUGCCACUGAUUCUUCAGCUUGCCAAACUCUGCAUCAUUGGCUUUGCUUUGAUUGUUCAGGGAUCUUCAGGUCAUAAUGCAUCCCCAUCUCCAGCAGAGUUUUCUGGUUUUCCGCCCGCCAAAGGAGUCCCCGAUGCUGUUGAACAAAGAAGAUUCACACCAAGUAUGCCACCUCAGCCGAACGAGUCUGAUUUAAAUUCUCCUCCUGCAUCAUCACAACUAAUGCCUGCCCCGGUGCAAAAUACAGCUUCACCACCAUUACCUAUUGAAGAAAAUGUUCCACCCUUGGCACCAAGUACUCCAUUGGUGUUGCCACCGUAUCUUCCACCUCCGCCACCAUUCACUAUUGAAGAACGUGCACCAUCCUUGGCACCAAAUACUCCAGUGGUGUUGCCACCAUCUCCUCCACCUCCGCUUGUUCGAGUACGCACACCAUUGAAGUCACCAACUGCUCCUCGGGAAAAGGAACCAGUUAGUAAGUCUCCUGUCUCGUUGCCAGAUGCUCCAGCUCCAGUUGCGUUUCCUUCAAGGACUUUGCCUCGAAAUUCACCAGAUAUACUCCCAUUACCAUCAUUCACUCCGUCACAAAAUUCUCCAGAAAUUUCACCUGUUGUCCAUCAAACUCCAAUUGCACCACCGUUGAGUAAUUCUCCACAAAAUUCCCCGGCCAUAAACACCAGUAGGUCAAGUGCUUUCCCCCCAACUGACCAUGAAAGAAGUUCAUCUAACUAUAAGGCGCCUGUUCCGGAGCCAAGUGCUCCAGCUCCGGUUGCAUCACAAUCGAGGAAUUCACCACAAAGUUCCCCACCCUUGCACUCAAGUAUGCCAAGAGCUUUGGCCCCAACCCCAAGUGCUAAACAAGAAAAUUCAUCAAAUAGAAGGGCACCUAUUAUAGAGCCGAUUGCUCCAGCUCCAGUUGCAACACCUUCCAGAAAUUCACCACGAAACCAUAUGCCGGUUCACUCCCGUGGGCCAACUGCUUUACCACCACAUGCUCCGAUUCCCGAGCCCCCCACUCCAGUUAAACCGCUGCCUGGAGAAUCACCUCAUAGUUCACCAACUGUCCACCGGAAUGUGCCAGUAGGAAAUCCGUCUCCAUUACCAGAUCCUGAUAUCUCUCCUGUUUCAAAUCCACCCUCAAGCAAUGAUGGAGCACCUGUUAUGUCACCUUCGGAUGGGGUACACAAGCCAGUGCCACCUGUGAACCAUUCUGCUAAAAAUGGUUCUUCCCCAGCCAUAUCUCCUUCUACAUUGACAGCCAGGAGGAAACCUAGUAAUUCUCUUGUACCGUCCCUUGCUCCUUCGGACGAAGGGCAUCAUAAUUCUUCAGCGUUGUCUCCUUCAACCUCGUUUCGUAAGCAUCAACAUAAAAGAAAUGAAAGAACCAGUCCUGCUCCAACAUCAUCAGACCCGAUUUCACCUCCUCCUUUGGAACAAGGUCUAUGUCCCCGUCCCAUUCCUUCAUUCCUCCGCCAAGAAGCACUGUUUCUCCUGUUCCUUCGCCAUCUCCUGUGA